GACGAGAAGACUGUGAAGUUUGGAGAGAAGAUGACAAAAAAAAAAAAAAAGAAAACCAAAUGGUUGAAUCCUUGAAUUUUGAGUACUGUUUGUUUACGUUGUAUACAGAGGAAAGAAGAGAAACAGCAUUUUCUUCGCCUGCCGGGUAAUCCCACGUCGCCUGACCUUUAAACCUUGACCUUAACCCAAUCCAGCAAUCUUACUUCAUCUUCCUACUUUGAAAUUAUCUUCCCUUGUUCUCUUCCUUAUUUUAUAUAUAUAUAUAUAUAUAUAUAUAUAAUAUGAUUCCCUUCUACUCUUUCUUUGGUGUUGUCUUUUUAUAUUUUCUUGGCGCCCAAUGGGAUGUUUCCCGUGGACCUUUUCUUCCUCGUUUUCCAAGCGGCCAGCCUUCUUCCAAAGGUCUAAUUCCAACCCCCGAGGCACUCUCCUCUCUCUGUCUCUCAGUCUUCGUAGUGUUUUGUACUCCCAAUCAACCCCAGUAUCAAGGAAGGUGAAUACAGACAAAUUCCGGAUGUUCUAUAUUCAUCGCUGUUAUGAAUGACCUGUGUCAAAGUGCCGUUUGUGCUCUGGUUAUCUGAAGCUAUGGGGGCUUUUUGUUCAAGAUCAGGCAAUGAUGACAAAGUGCCUGCCCAGAGGGAUGACCAUUCUGAAAUUAAUAAAUCAAAUGAGGAUGCUCGGUCUAGUAUGCCUAGUGAGCUCGCGACUUCACCUCAGAGUGUGGAGAACUUGCAAGAACCUACUGAAAAUAGAGGGAUCAAUGCCGAGACAAGUCCGGAUGAAUUAUAUGACGGAAUUCCACGAUUUGCCGAUUCUUUUCUGCUCAAGUCUUUGUCAGUAAGGUCAAGGCAAAAGGUCUCAGAGGUGAGCUCACGUCUAGGCAGGGCUGGUACAAUUGGAAUUGGGAAAGCAGUGGAGGUUUUGGACACUCUUGGUAGCAGCAUGACGAGUUUAAAUGCUGGCACUGGAUUUAUUUCUGGAGCUUCAACCAAAGGAAAUGAAAUUGGUAUCUUAGCAUUUGAGGUUGCAAACACUAUUGUCAAGGGUUUUAAUCUUAUGCAAUCUCUUUCUGAUGAAAAUAUGAAACAUUUGAAAGAAGAGUUGUUUUUUUCUAAGGCUGUCAAAGAUUUAGUGUCAAAGGAUGUGGAUGAACUUCUAAAAAUUGUUGCAGCUGACAAGAGGCAAGAGCUGAAAAUUUUUUCUGAUGAGGUGGUUCGUUUUGGAAAUCGUUCAAAGGAUCCUCAGUGGCACAACAUGGACCGUUACUUUGAGAAAAUCAGCGAAGAACAUAAUUCCCAAAGACAACCAAAUGAUGAGGCAGAAUCAAUAAUGCAACAAUUGAUGACUUUGGUUCACUUUACUUCUGAAUUAUACCAUGAGCUACAUGCUUUGGGUAGAUCUGAGCAAGAUAGUCUGCGUAAACAUCUUGAGGAGCAAAAAUCAGGUGCAAGUCAAAGAGGUGAUAAGUAUGCGAUCUCAAGGGCAGGACUUAAAAGUCAAAAGAAGCAGGUUAAACAUUUGAAGAAAAAGUCACUUUGGUCGUGCGGUUUGGAGGAGAUAAUGGAGAAGCUUGUAGACAUUGUCCUUUUUUUGCAUUUGGAGAUAAACAAUGCCUUUGGCACCGCAGAUGGUCAUAAACCAGCGAUUGGAUAUAUAAGCAAUCACCAAAGACUAGGUCCUGCUGGCCUUGCUUUGCAUUAUGCAAAUAUAGUGCUCCAAAUUGAUACUCUUGUUGCCAAAUCUAGUUCGAUGCCUGAAAAUACAAGGGACGGAUUAUACCAGAGCUUGCCUCCUAACAUGAAAUUAGCUCUGCGAUCCAAAUUACCAUCUGUUCAUGUUGCAGAAGAUCGCACGGUAGAAGAUAUAAAAGAGGAGAUUGAGAAAACAUUGCAUUGGCUUGUUCCAGUCGCCACAAACACAGCCAAAGCGCAUCAUGGUUUUGGCUGGGUUGGGGAGUGGGCAAGCGCUGGCUCUGAGACAAAUUUGAAGACUGCGCAGACCUCUGCAAUGCGGAUUGAGACAUUCCAUCAUGCAGACAAGAACAAAGUAGAAAAAUAUAUUCUUGAACUUCUCUUAUGGCUUCAACGCUUGGCCAUUCAAAGUGGAGCUGGCGUUGAUGUCGGUGGAGUGAGGUCUACCCCGAAGUCUACUCAUCUGGCUCCCCUGCAAAAAAAAUGUCAGCAACCGAGAACUGCCAACACGCCGUAUCUAACAAUCAGUGACCAAAACUUGGUGCAACUUGUUGGUAAGAAAGUAUGGAUUAAAGGGAUGAGUAAAAGCUGGGACUUUGACAGGAUGGAAGUUAGGUUGAGAGAGAAGAGCAGACUCACCAAAAGUUGGAGCCUUUCGUCAAGCAGAAGCAUAGAUAUUUCCUUCAACAAGAUUUCAUCCAAGCUUCCUGUGAUUGAUUUUGGUGCCGACAAAGAGAGAGCAUUGGAUGUUAUAGACAGAGUAGAGGUUGUGAGGUAAUUUUUAGGAACGCUUGAUUGUCUUUGAAACAAAGGGAAGGAUGAGUAUUUUUGAGAGCCAAGCUUUGCAAUCAAAUCACCAUUAGUACCCUCUUACCCUUGAUGAAAUUAAUCCAUCUUAUUUAUUUUGUUAGUUGGGAAAAUGGCCAAUUGGGCAUUCUUGCUUGACAUGAUUGCUAAAAAAAAUUGAAAGAUUCAGCCUGUGCAAGAUCAGGAAUAGACACUUGAGUAAACUAGAUGUAAAUCAUAGGAAAAGAAAUUUAUGACAAUUUUCCUUGUAUUUUUUUAAUUGUUCUUAUUUAUAUUUUUCUUUUAAA